AUCACCACACACACUCUUUCAUCAUGGCAUCCAUCACUUCUUCUAUUGGUUCAAUCUUCAGUGGCAUUGGAAACAUCUUUUCAGGUUUAUUGGAAUCAAUCUUUGCAAUCUUUAGUCAUGCUUGGUCGUUAGUCAUUGGAAUCUUGUCAACUGCUUGGUCUGCUGUUGAAGGUGUAAUCAAUGCUGCUUUGCAUACUGUCUCUGGUAUCUUGUCAACUGUCACACACGUAUUCGGAGAUUUGAUCGGAAUUAUUACGACUAAUAUUGUCCCAAUCGUACUUGUUGGAGCAGGUGUUCUUCUGGUAACCUUUUUCGCAGGCAGUAAAUCGGGAAGUUCACCUGCUGCUUCUGUCAAAAAGACGGCUAAAACAGGCGGUAGACGCAAGAAGGCAUAAGUGCUAACAACAUAUACCAUAAUCGGCUCAGCGCUUCUCUCUCGCUAGACUUCUUCUCACCAAUCAAACCGAUUCCAAUAAUUUGUGAACAAUCUCGCAUGUACGUACUUCUCUUUGCUUGCUCUCGAUACCCGGAAUGCAAUAAAAUGAAAUGCA